GAGAGGUACUUUGAUUGUGCAUCGGGGGAAUGACUGUGGACUUUCUUUUGGUAUUUUUAAUGGCGGAACUUUUUGCAGUAGCGAGGACCACAAAGGCACAGCCGAUGCUCACUGCAUCUCCGAGUCUGUAAACAGGUACAGGUAGAUGUAGCGGAGAGAGGGCAAGUGCCUUUUAGAAUACAAACACAAGAAGAAGCAGCAACAUCCCCACCACCACCCACUCCCUCGGCAUUGCCAUCCAUCAUCAGUGUACUCUUAUCAAAUGCCCAUGUCCUCCUCCACCUAUAUUUAUCAUAGCCUGAUCUCAAAAUCAACUCUCACUCUCUCUCCUUCCUGGUUGACCCGUGGGUGCACUCUUCUCUGAAAGAUAGUAACUCUCUCUCUCUCUCUCUCUCUCUCCCUCUCUCUCUCUCUAUGUGUGUGUCUGUUGAUCGACAAGGAUGAUGAAAGAAAGAGUACUUUGAGAGGGAAUGCUCAUCUGUCAGAGGGGUGACUAGAGAAGGGUCAGAAAUCUGCAGGACCCAUCAACCACAGUUGCCUGAGAGACCAGAAGGGGAAUGCUUCUUGAUACCUCCACAGACAAACCACCGUCAUCGUCGUAGCCGUCGUCUUCUUAUGUCUCCAUCCCCCAUUUCAAGCUGAGAGAGCACUCCAUCAUGCCUUCUCAUGGCGGGCCUCUCUUUUGUUGAGCAUGCUCACAUGAAUUUCCAGUCUUCCAGCAUCGGGUCGGCCGGGCCUGGCGGCAUCCCGGCCUCCGUCGACUCCUUCUCUCAGCUGCCCUUCAUCCGAUCGGGCGUCCUUGUCGAGAACGCCGCCACCACCGCCAACAACAACAGCAGCGGCAGUAACAAUAACGGCAAGAAGGAGAAGGCCAUUCGCCUCUUCGGCAUAGAAUUCAGCGAGCAGAAGCCGGGCCGGGGCGGUUCCGUGGAGGAGGAGGACUCCGACGAGACGAUCUGCGAGGAGGAUAACAAGGAGCUAGAGGACGGGAACAGCAGUAGCAACAACAACAACAGCAACAACAACGGCAUCUCCGGGAAUAACAACGAUGCUAGUAUUGCUAGUCGUGGUGGUACCACCGCCGCCGUCGCUGCCAUCACCGCCGCCAGCAGCGGGAGUAGGAAAUUCGAGUGCCACUACUGCUGCCGGAAUUUCCCGACGUCUCAGGCCUUGGGAGGCCAUCAGAAUGCACACAAGAGAGAGAGGCAACACGCCAAGAGGGUGCACCUGCAGUCGGCCAUGGGGCACCCUGGCUCCGUGGGUUCGAGCCUAGGUCCAGUGUACGGGCUCAUGAAUUACCAACAGCAGCAACGAUUCCCGGUCUUGAACCGCACACUCUUAGGUGGCUUCGAGACCACGUCCUACUCAUGGCUGCCUAACGUGCCACAGACGAUCAAUGGCAGCCCACUGCAGCCUCUGUGGAGAGUCCCCGUGCUCCCGAGCAGCCACGCUCAGGAGGGGUACCAGCAGCACCACCAGGCCCUCCUCCCACUGCAGCUGUUCGCAGCAGAGGGUUCGUCCUCCUCCAGGCCGGGGGACGAGCUCGGUCACCAGCAGGCGGAGCCUACACCGCCGUCGGCGAAGGACAAUAAAAGAAAACUAUCAGGUGAUUAUGCUCCAUGGCCGCCGAGUUCUCCUCAUGUAAUCCUUGAUAAUCCAAAAAAAGGAAAGGUAGAGGAUUCUCUUUCCUAGGCUUCAACGGCUUUCCACAAAGAGAGGGGUGGGGAAGAGAGAAAGAGAGAGAGAGAGCUGCGUUAAUUGGUCCAUUGCAAUGGUUUAGUGGGUCCCUGAAAGAUUAAGUCUGAAGCCUGAUCGUCCAUUAAUGAAGGGCUUGCUCAAGCUGCAAAAUUGGGACCAUUCCCAUCUCGAGUGACCUCUGGUCGCCUCUUUCUCUAUCUCUCUGCUUCAUAUUCUACAAAUUUUUGACUUAUCUUCGUGACUAGCUCGUGCAUCUUGAGUCAUUUGUGACGCCAAUAUUCUCCUUCAAAUAGAAACAAAGGAAGGGAUGAGUUUCCUGCAACCGCUGUACUAUUCUCACAGAAGACACUGCUCCUAAUGAAGUCAGAUACUGCCACCGAGAUAGCAAACUGAUUUUUCCGACCUGGAUUUCACGCAAUCUCACGUUUAUUUCAAAGGAGAGAGACAGAAAAAAGGAAGAAAAGGAUGCCAUCGACAAUGGGGAGUUCGAUUCAUGUCGUUUUCCACAUCUCAAAUCCUGGAAACCUUUUUUCUAAUGGAAGAUAUGGCUACCAUCUUUACACGACGCUUGUUUCAGCAGAUAUUUUUUCUAAUGUGACGCUCUUAAGUUCGCGCAUUCAUUUUCAUACAAGCGGCCGGUUCUACUGAAAGCCAUGGAGCCAAUCGCAUAUAUUCCACUCUAAUUAAUUAAACAUGAAUUCCAUGUGGGAGGGGAUAUCCCUCACAACAGUCAUGAUAUUUUUUUUAUUGUCUUGAUCGCCGUUUGAAUAUUAUUAUGGCAUUCAUAGCUCUCAUUGGUCAA